AUGCCACAGUGUUGUGCAGUGCCUAUGUGUGCAAAUAAAAAAGGAGGGCAUAAGUUCCCUACAGAAGAUAAAAACCGAUUAAAACAGUGGCUUGUAGCCAUUCGCAGAGAUAAAUUUACUCCAACGAAAAAUAGCCUCGUUUGCAAAAGCCACUUCACAAAGGAUGAUUACCAGCUACCGAAGGACUCAGUAUUAGAAAAACAAAAUUACCAUAUUGAUUGCGCAAAUGUUUCUGUUAAGAGGUUUUCAUUGAUGACCGAGGAUAAUAAAGCAAAAUGGAAAUGUGACCAAUGCUUCUUAAAUGCGCAAAACAAUUUGUCAGUAAAUGUUCCUACAAAUAACUCGUUCGAGAUCUUAACUGACGAUGAAAACUCGGAUAUAAUGACCAUAUUAACGCAAAAUAGCAAAACUAAUAGCUGCCCAGAUUUGAGAAAGUUAAACAUGGAAGAUAGAAUAGAAAAUCUUGAGACACAAAAUCGAGAACUAAAAGAAAAACUACAAAUUGCUGAAGCUGAAAUAGAAAAUAUUUUAUUAGAAAAUACAAAAUUAAAACAAUUACUUUGCAAACAUGAAAUAAAAACAAAAUUUUUAGCAGAUAUAUGUAGCCCAACCUUAAAAAAAACUACCACGACCAGAAAAACCAGAAAGAGUAUAAACAAAACAGUCUUGGAUUUUCUGGAAGAUGAAAAGGAGGAAUGUAGCUCUAAUAAUUUACAACAAAUUAGUAGCACGCCAUCUAGGACUAAAGAAAAAAGUCAUCGAGGAAGCGCCGGCGAUCUAAGCACCCCGAGUCAUCAAAUCCAUAAUAGUUCUCCAGCCUCGUCGCUAGAUGACUCUGCUAAUCAAAAAAAGAUGAGGAAGCCUAUUAUCCAUAUAAUCGGUGAUCAACAGGCUAGAGGCCUGGCAGCGAAAUUAAAAUUAUCACGUACUGGAUUACAUAAUGACUGCUACACCGUCUCUGCAUCAGGCUGCGUUACAUUUGUAUCCGAUGCAUAUGGUGGAUCUACGAGUGAUCGUGAAUUGUUUGAAAAAUGUGGACUUAUUGAUAAACUUGAACCUAAUGAUAUCAUUUUUAGUGACCGUGGCUUUAAUGUACAAGACCUAGUGUGCCAUAAAGAUGUUACAGUUAAUGUGCCAGAAUUUUUAAAAAAUACUGAUGGACAAUUUGAGACUUCUCAACUGACAAGGUCAAAAAAUAUAUCUUCAGAACGGAUACAAGUUGAAAGGGUCAUUGGUUUGGCUAAAACUUUUAAGAUCUUAAGCGGCAAGUUGGAUUCAAAAUUGGUGCCUUUAGCAGAUAGAAUAAUAUUUGUAUGUUUUAUGUUAACCAAUUUCAAAAAUAAUAUUAUAAAGUAA